GGGCUUUGGGUUGGGGAAAAGGCGGCGGCGGCGCCGCGCCUGAAUUAAGCUCGCGUUAUGGCGCGGGCCGUGUUGUGCCUCCGGGUCCUGCUCUUGGCUCUGGGAGGCGCCUCCGCGGCGGCCGAGGGCGAACCCUGCUGUUCUUGGAUGUGCGGGGCUGAGUCUCCUCCAGCCGCGUGUCCAAAGCGACGCGACGGCGCGGACGCCCCGUUCUGUUGUGGGACCUGCAGCUUGCCCUACUGUUGCUCCUCGCGAGAGGACCGCCUCGAUCAACAGCGGUGCCCCCGGGGGGGUCCAGUGAAAAAAACCACCCAGUCUUCAGCUGAUGAGGAACGUGACUGGAACUUGAUCUUGUUUUUCAUCACAGCAGCGGGUUUUGCCCUCAUUGCUAUUGGUGUUUACUUCUUCUACACCCAGAUCCAGACUUGUCUGAGAUCCUGCACUGAGCAAGGGCAGCAGACCCAGCAGGAGGAUGUUGGCUCUCCUUCGAGACUCUCUGUCAUUAACCCUUCUCACCUGUCUGGUGAUCGCGUGAGCACAGCUUCACCAAAUUCUGGUGCUGAGGACCUUCAAGGCACCUGUGACUUGCCCCUUGCUUUGGACAGCACAUCUGUUCAGCAGUUCCAUUAUGCAAACCCUGGAAUCCUGGAGGGUGAGGCAAUCAUCUUGUCUCCAGAGGCUCCUCUGAAUCAAGGUGGCCUUGGUCUUCCCUCUGAGCCUGUCCUGCAAAUGGAAAUGUGAACCUGGUAUGCUUGAAGGCCCACCUCUAACAAAGAGGCUGGUUACACUUAACGAAGCAGAACCCCAUGCUCAACAAUCUUACCUUCCUUUUGGGAUCAAGGAGAUUAAUGACGAUGGUUAUUUUAAUGGUAUGCAUUAAUUGUAACAUUCACUUGCAAGCAUGAUACAGCAGUGUGUUGUGACAAGGACCAAGGCGGACAGAUUUCCUAAGGCUCCCUAGCCCCGGUUUGUUCAGUGAAGGAUAUCUUGGAUACAGAAGAUCUGUGUCCUAAAUGGGAGGGGGUGGCCAACCUAUCAUCCUCCAGACCUUGUUGGACUCCAACUCCCGUCAGCCCCAGCCAGAAUGGCCAAUGGCCAAAGAUGAUGGGGGUUGUAGUCCAACAAACAUCUGAUGGGCUUCCUUAUGGACUACUAUGCUGUAACUAUCACAAGGGAGAGUGUAGGUGGCUAAACUGAAAGAGUAUCUCCUGUGCUCACUGGAGCAAACAGCAACCACAACAAAUCCCUCAAUCGCCUGGUUAUCUGGGCUCUGAGCUUACAUAGCAGACUGUUAAAAAUGCUUCGUCUUCAAAUACAAAUGUAUAUUUAGUGGAAAUAACUCAUUUUGAGGAAAGGGAAGAGACUUCUCAAAGCAGGAGCUAGUUGGCUCUGUCUCUAAAGGAAAGAAGCAUGCAUAUGGGGCUACUUUGGUGUGAGAGUAGGUAUCGAUAUGGUAGGAUGUUGCUAGAUGCGCCACAUUGCCCAUAAAAGGAAAGAAGACCCGAUAGACGUGCUAGUUCUGUGCUGUUGGUGUUUAGCAGCUGUGGGGAACAUUUAGUCCUCCCGCUAUGGCUGAACUACAACUCCCAUGAGCCCCAGCAAGCAUGGCCAAUGGCUAGGGAUGAUGGCAGCUGUAGUUCAGUAACAUCUGCAGAGCCAAAGAUUCCCCUCACCAUAGCUCUCUAGAAGCCACUGAAUAGGCAAAACAUGGAACAGCCAUCCCCAGCCUGGUGCCCUCCAGAUGUUUUUGACUAUAGCUCCCAUCAGCCCCAGCUAGCAUGACCAGUGGUCAGAGAUGAUGAUGGGAGUUGAAGUCCCAAGGUCAUAUGGAGGGCACCAAGUUCGGAAAGCCAGGCAUAGAGGCUACUACCCCUGCAAGGAACCUAGACAAAAAUUGCCAAUGAAGACAGGGCAAAGUUAUUCUUGAGCUGCCGUGUGAAACACUGGACUGGCUUACUAUGAAAAGAAAAAAAUCCGUGUGACUGUCCUGUUUAAUCUCCAGCUGUUGAUCAGAGCUUCGCAAAGUUACUUUUUUAAACUACAACUCCCAUCAGCCCCAGCCAGCAUGGCCACCUCAUUGGGCUGAUGGGAGUUGUAGUUCAAAAAAGUAACUUUCCAAGCUCUGCUGUUGCUAUAUGAAGCACAGGAAUGUUUGCACUGUUACUGUGGAGCAACAUGCCAGACGUUAUCCCAAGGCUUUUUUAAACUGGAAAACUAUGACUGGUUCUGUGUAUUAAUCCUGAAGAGGGAAAACGGUCAAGCAGAAAUGCAUGUCUCCUGAACUUAAAUGUUUGUUGGAUUCAAGAAGUCAGUUUUAGCACAGACCCUAUUUAAAUGUUUCCAAAUAUAUGGAUCAAAUCACCACUAAAA